AUGGAAGAGCCAGCUGCUGAACCACCACCGGUUCGACGGAGGAAUGAACCGCAUAACUGGGUUGAUUCUUCUGACGAAGACGACGAGGCACAACAUGAGAGAGAACUAACCAUGGAGCAAGCACCAACACCCGUUGAAACCAAUUCUGCUACCCAGCCUACCGAGGCAAAUUCACCAAUAGAAAUGCAUCAGCCAGCCAAGGCGAAUCCACCAACCGAAGCCACCCCUCCCACGGACUUACUCGAGCCAGGUUAG